AUGACCGAUGCUAGUUGGAAGCGGGCAGAGCACGCUUUUGGGAAGGAAGGUACGGCAGCGCUGAUACAAUAUGUUGGUGUGUACGCUUACACUUGCAUUCUACUGAACGGGAAAGGUCUCGACAUUGGCAUGCCUACGUCGAGCAAAGAUCUUUGGGCAGCCGCCCUAGAGAAGUUGACCAAAAGCGAUCGCCAACAGCUCGCUUUCUAUGACGGCCAAGAUAGGCUGGACAUCCUUUCAGACCUCCAGGUGCUCGCGCAGAGAGUGCCAAAGAGCAAUGCAUCAAAAAAAGAUGGCAGUUCAGUAGGCGUGGUCGUAAUGGUUGCUUUUGGUGACAUUGUCAAGUUUGACUUUGUCGUCAAAGGCGCGGAAUCAAUCUCACGAAAGAUAGGGCGAUAUGCGAUCUUUGAGGACAUCUAUUUACGUCGUACAUCAAAGGCUUCAAUAGAGCUUGAAAAUGCGCUCGUUCGGUUGUACUCGACGAUACUUGUAUAUCAAUCGAAAGCUAGAAGCUUCUUCGAUCAGAGCUCGCCGAAAAGCAUAUUCAGGAGUGUCUUCGUCACGGAAGACGAAUUUGCAAGUAAUGCCAGAAAAAUGGACCUUGAGCAGUCCAAUGUGGAUCGUUGCGCUGCUAUCUUGGAUGGAGAGAAUCAAAAAAAAAUCAGCAACUCUCUCGAGGCACUCUCAGUCGGUCAUUCCGAGAGGCAUGCAGAGCUUAUGCAGCUCCUCCGUACGAUAGAUGGACCCAUAAUUCGAAUGAGUAGCCAGCUUAAUGGUAUCGAAGACCAUUUGGACAACUCUAAGCGCUACGAGAUCUUGCGGUGGAUUUCCUCACAGCCUUACCUGGAACAUCAUGAGCAGAUCUCGAAGAAUUUUCUUGCUGGUACAGGCAAAUGGCUGCUCGAGGAUCCAAUAUACGCAGAAUGGCACAAAGGAAGCACAUCGUCUCUCCUUUGA